CUCGUCCUCGCCUCACUCUCGACCCCUCGCUCGCCCACAGAUAUGAGCGCAGAUUCAUCCACAUCGUCUCCUGGGACCACGAGGCGCAUUCAUAUCUCCCCGCUCGAUCCCACCAUUCACACUCGCGAAGCCCUUCUCAACCUUCUAAGCCCGCACGCCUCAUCCGUCUCUCUCUCCUCGUGGCCUCCCAAACCAAAUGGCGUAGGCCAGCCACGCAACUAUGUCCAUGCGACCUUGCGCGGCGACGAAGUCAAGAUCAAGAAGGCCGUUGCGAGGAUAAGCGGCAGUGUGUGGAAGGGCACAAAGCUGUGGAUCAGGGAGGCCAAGCGCGAUUACAAGGGAGGGUAUGGAAGUGCCGAGGAAGCGGGCGACAAGCCUGCGGACGCCGCAGAGAGCAGUAAGAAGAGGAAGAGAAAGAUUGCCAAACCCUCGAGUCGUCGAGAGCACGAGAGCAUCACCGAUAUCGUGACUGAGGCAGGCGUCAAGGAGGGUAAAGUCUGGGGUUGGAAGCUCACACCCGCAGGCCAUCUGCUGCGACCCAUUCAGAUGCGACCCUCUCAUCCCCUACCGCCGCAAACCUCGUCGUCAUCGUCGCAUAUAGAGGCAUCGACGUCAGGCGCCAAGAACAUGCGGCGCAAAAAGAAGAAGAAUCAGCUCGCUGCCCCGCCGAGCAGGGCAAGGAGAAUGCUGAUCGAUCCAACGAGGUAUGGGGCUGUUCAUCUCGGGGAAGGGUUGCUUGGCGACGAUGACGACGUUGCGACGUCACACGAGGUGUGGGUGUGUGAGGAAAUGGAAGGCACUGACGGGGAAGAGGGCAAAGUCAGAUGGGUCAGACAGGGCAGUGAAGGGAUGGAAGUGGACGAAGUCGUAGUUGCUGGGCAGAAGCGCAAGGCAGGCGAGGAGGUUGCGAUCCUCGAGCACGACGAGGAUGCAGCAUCAGAGAGCAGCGUCGCCUCGUCCUCGUCGUCAUCCUCCGAUGUCUCGUCAUCUUCUGAAUCAAGUGACUCGGCAUCCCGUUCUGCAAGCCCGCUUCCAGCUCAAUCAGCUGACCUCGCUCCGGGCAACUUCACACUCGACCCUUACGAUCCGGAUGAAGAGGAUCGCUUCUCCGAUGGGUAUGAUGAAGGACGUGGCGAUCCAGCGCGCGCUGCGGCUGCAUCCGACGCUCAGCCCAGCGGCGAUGAGACGGCCAGAAGCAUGAACCUGAUCAAAGAGAUGUUCGGUCAUGGGUGGAAGCCGAAGCAAGCUGGUACGGUGCCCCAAUUGAUUCCGCAAGGGGAGGAAGAGGACUCAGAGGCAGAGGACGAGGGGGAAGCGGGAGGUGCCUGGUGGAAGAAGCCUGCGCGGCCGAGCGUGGCGCCAAAGAAAGCAAGCGCGGUGCAAUCGAUGGUGGCAGAGCAUCAAGAGCAGGACGACGAAGAGGAAGAGGAUGACGGAGCGGCAGGAGGCGCUUGGUGGAAGAAACCGGCUCGUCCGAGUAAGGUUGCGAAGAAGGAAGAAAGAUCACAGGAGCCAGCGGCUGCUCAGCCUGAGAAAUCUGCUCGAGCUCAACAGCAAGCGAAGCCGAAGGCGGAGGUCGUUCGACCGAAGAAGGUGGAGAGUCCUUCGCCCCCCGCGCAAUCGAAAGAUGAGGAGAAGGUAGCUCCGACGCCGACAUUCGUGUCCAAGCAGAGAGAGACGGCGCUGAAAAAGGAUGCAAAGAAGGCAGCUAUCUCUGUCCCAAAGCAGAGCGAGCCGCAGCAUGCGGCUGUUGAGCAGCCAUCGGUGCCUGCCGCCCCAGCUGCGGCACCACAGCCUCCUGCUCAAACUGCUCCGGCCGCAAUUGAGCCAAGCUCAGCUCCCAAUGGCAGCACAGCUAGCCCACAGGCCCCUGCUGCGGGCUCCAGGCGAGCCGCCCUCAUGGCGAAGAUGCGCCAAGCGCAGUCAGGCAGCCAAGAUGCUUAUGGCGCCGCCUCAGCGUCUUUCAUGCCGGUUGCCCGCUUCGAGCCUGGAGUGCCUGCGGCCGCCAUUGCAGCAGAGCCCGCUGUAAACGCGAGUCACGCUCAGCCGGCAGAGGAGAAGGCAACUGCUGUCGAAGAAGCACCAGCAAAGGUCGUAGACCAAAACGACGCUUCCUCUGUCAGCAAUGCAGUCGCUCCUCCACAGGCCGAGUUCAACGUCCGCAUGGGAAGCCUCAAGGACAUGUUCAAGCCGCAGGAAGGAGCAGGCGGUUUCUCCCUCAUGGGCUCGCUGCUAGGCGAUGAGGAACUGGACGAGGGAAUGGACUUUGAUGCCGCGCCGGAGAAUGACGUCGUGGAGGAGAUGGCCAAGGGCCGAGCCGACGAGGACUCAGCCGCCAGCAAGCGCAGCGAGAAGAAACCCACCUUUCCACCAUCACAACCCUUCUUCCCUACCUUCAAUGAGGACAUCGACGGUGCCUCCCGUCCUUCGGCCGUUCAGCAGGACGACGAUGAUGACAAUGACGACGUACUCCUCUCUUUUCUACGCCCGGACACAGAGGAGCAAAUGAGGGACAAGUGGGAGCGGAGGAAAACGGAUCUGACACAGGAUUACAAGCGCAGGCAUCGGGAGGCGGUCAAGAAGGUUAGGAGGAGGGGAGUGGUGACGUCGGGGAGGGGAUAAGCUCGGUUGAAGCAGAGGGGAAGUCGUGCUUGCGAUUGAUUGAUGAACGAAGCAUGGCUUCGCCUUGCGUGUCCCACAAGAUGAAUGGCUUGAGGACAACGGGAUCCACCAUUCGCCCUCCUUGUUUUGCAGUACGAUUCAUCAAACUAUUUGCCAGCACGCGUUGGGCAGCAAUGAAUGGGAUAUAUUCUUGUCCGAUGCCGAAGCAGGAGUGAAGCAAGAAGGGUACAAGCAAUGAAUCAGAGCAGAGCCGACGAUGGGAAGGAGAUGAAGGCGAAAUAGAAUAUCUACAGCAAUUCCGCUGAUCCGCUGAGAAGAUGAAGGGGCGUCGAAGAGAGAGGAUGCGAUCACAUCGCCCGACCUGGCUGGACAUUCGACUCAUCAGCGUCCGCGAACGCAUCAGCACUGGUGCUCGUGUUCAAGCCUCG